AUGGCUUUUGAGAACAAUAAGACAAUAGUCGACGUAUUUGAUCAGCCACCUAUUAUUCACGAACUACCACUUAUCAGCUCGACGGCGCCAACACCAACAACAAUCACGACAGUUUCACAACAUUUUGAAGCCACAGAUACAGCUAUCACAACGUCUUUCGAAAGUAAAGUAAUAGAACCGCAAAUGAAACCAGUGACAGACACUGAAGAAAAACCACAGUCAAACUGUUCGGCAAAAUCAGAUCAAAAUACUCCAGUUGAAGCACCAAAAACUCUAACUCUGCCUGACACUACAUUAACAACGGCUAGUAACAGCACCAUGAGUAUGCAAUCGCAAUUACACAAUCAAAAUACGAAUGAAGAGAAAAUAAGUAAGAUUAUUAAAGUUUUAGUCUCCGCUAUUCGGCAAUUUGAUACACCAAAACCAACGAAUACGAACAAAAAAGAAAUAAUAUCAACAGUAACAACGAAGAAAAACGAUUUUCCAUUAAUAAAAACUGUUAAAAAUGUAUCAGAUCGAAUAUCAGAGAAAGUAGAAGAAAUACAUCAAAAUUUACAUGAUCCUGUUCUUGAUUUAGAUAAAAUACCGUUAACUAACGAAGAAUUAAAAUCAAUUACUAAUACUUUACUAUACAAUACAACUAGAAUAAAAGUGAAUUUAACACAAAUACAAUUAAAAGGCGACGGUAUUUCCUUAAUUACUGAAUUGUUAACAGCUAAUCAAACAAUAACUGAACUUAAUUUAUCACGUAAUAAUAUUGAAGAUAAUGGUUCAAUUGAAAUAAGUAACAUUUUAAAAUUCAGCAAAUAUUUAAAAAUUUUAAAUAUUGGCUCUAACCAAAUAUCACAACAAGGAAUUCUAAAAAUUGCUGAUACAUUGACAACAAAUAAAAUAUUAAAUUCUCUUAAUAUUGAAAGUAAUCCAAUUGAUAAUUUUGGAAUAAAAUAUAUUUGUCAUGCAUUAUCAUCAAAUCAACAUCUAACUACACUUAAUAUAUAUGGAAAACUGAAAUAA